AUGUGUUCAUACAUGGUGGAAAUGGAGAGUGCUGUCGAAGCUGAAUGGAUCGCUAAAACAUUUAUUGAUAAAGGGUGCGAGAAUGGCUGGCUAGAGUUCGGCGGUCAUUGUUAUAUCCUACUUGAAACGAAAUUCCCUUGGGCUGAAGCACGGAUGGAAUGUCAGAAAAUGUGUUCAUACUUGGUUGAAACUGAGAGUACGAUGGAAGCUGAAUGGAUCGGUAAAACAUUUCUUGAUAAAGCAAGCUGUGGAGCAAACCCGUAUGAUUGUACAGCGUGGACUGGUUUGAAUGACCUAGAUAUCGAGGGACAAUAUAGAUGGGACCACUCGAACACACCUUUGAAUUUCUCCAACUGGUAUCCCGGCCAACCUAGUUUAGAGCGCCCAGACCAAGCUUUGGAUAGAGACUGUAUCGAUAUGUUCAGGAAUGGUGCUUGGAAUGACCGAUUCUGUUCGUUUCUCAACUUGGUCAUAUGUGAAAAAUCCUUCAUUUAUGAAUUUUGA